AUGACGCCGUCUCUGCCACCCGAUUUGAGGGUGCUGUGCAGGAAACUUGCAUCCAUCCCCCCGGCGGAACUUCCACAGGCUGUUCCCUCGCUCACGAAACACAUUGUCCGUUGUAGAGAUGUCUUGUCUUCUCCGCAGGAGCAGAAGCCCAGUGACAGCAAGUCCCAAUCCUCCCAGUUGCUUGGCAAGCUGCGAACCAGCAUCACCACUCUUUUGACCGGGAGGAGCCGCGAAGCGAGAUUCGCCGCCGUCUGUCUCGUCAAGUCCGUCGUUGAUGUCGGAGGUUGGGAAAUACUUCGCAACUGCGAGCCCUGGGUUCGUGGACUGCUGUCUGUCGUCCAGAAAGGAGACCCCUUUCCAUCAAGGGAACUGGCCGUGCUGGCUCUAACACGCAUAUAUACGGCAGCCCAGCCCUUCCAGACACUUGCGCGCGAGGUUGCCACUCCGUCCAUUCCCGCAUUCAUUACAGCCUGCUUGCGACUGGCCAAGCCCCAAGCUUCGACGGGCGUGCCAGCUCCUCCCUUGGGCACGGUCGAGACCGUAUGCGAUUCCUUCUCAACCCUGAUACCGUUGUAUCCCACAACCUUCAGACCCUUCAACUCUCCAAUCAAAUCCGCCAUCAGGGGCUACCUGGCACCCGCUCUGUCGGACGGCGUACUUGUCCCCGAGUCGUUGCGAUGCGCAGCUCGAAGACUGGCCAUUUCGCUUCACUGCGUGGCUGCCAAGGCCGGCGGCAGCGAAGACUGGGCUAAGCUGGUGGAUAAUCUGCUGCGCGAGCUGCACUGCACGGCGGACCAAGUCCUGCGGGCCGUUCAUGAAUCAUGGGAAGGGACGUUUGGAUACAAUCGGCAAAGGGUAGGGCCCGAGGGCAAGCCGAGAGGAGGCAGCCAUUCAGGCGAUCAGCUACCCCCUUGGGAAGGAUUGGAAUCCGGAGCCGAGCGUCUGCAAGGCAUAUUCGACUACCUGGCAGAGUGUCUGCGCUACCCCACAAAAGCGUCCGUGGUCAUCCCCCUUGGAGCUUUCAUGGAUGCAAUCUCGAGAGUCUGCCUGGUGGCAAGGCAGCACCCAAAGAGCCAACCUUGGGAUCAAGCAGUCGACACCAACGCCGCCAUCAGCCGAGAAGAAAAGGACGAGCUGUGGAGCGUCAUUUCCGAUAUGCACUUGUCCGCGCUCGGGCUGGCUUUGCUCAUGGUGCGCAGAUUUGGUCAGGGAAUGAUCCCCCUGGUUCCUGAAAUGCUCGAUCACCUCGUUCGAGUCUUCAAGUCCGGCAUCGCCAGCUCUCCUGUGCGGGUGGCAGGAUACCAGCUCUUGAACGCUAUCCUACCGCUGGUAGGCCCAACACUGUCCAAGGCCACGGUAGUGACGUUGGAGCCCUUCAUAGGCGCCUGCUGCCGCGACCUGCAGGAAGACGCGGGCUUCCUCAAGCCUCCUCCCAAGCCAUCAACAUCUUUGAAGAAGAAUGACUCGCUGAAGAGCAGUCUCGCGAAUGCAGAUCUCUUCCUGCAACGACAAGGAUCUGCGCCUGAGACAUUGGUAACUCUGGACGCGCAACACAAGGCUGCAGCCGCUGGCUUGCUGGCGAGACUCUUGUCAACUCUCCCCCAGCAUCAUCUGAAGCCCACUCUCCGCGGGCUUCUCGACAAAACAGCCAUCUUGACCGCCAACCGCGACGCCAUGUUGUUGAGCGUUUUAAACCCGUACAAGGACCCGCGCGGCCGCAUCUAUCCCAACAUCCUACCCCAUCUGACGCACCAGUUCCCGCAAGACCAAGGCCUGGAGAUCCUGCGAAGCAAUCUCCGCACCUCGGGCGUCUUGGGGCAUCAUGGCCGUGAAGAGCUCGCCGACCUUGCCGAAAUCGAGCAGGACGAAGAAGACGAAGAAGACGAAGCAUCACCAGACGAGGAUGACAAGGCGACGGGCGGUCUCCAAGAACCCGAUGUAACACCUGCGGAAACUACACUUGAAGAUGCUCUCGAACCUCUACGGCAGCCAGAUACAGGUCCUGGGACUCUUGGUCCCCCUGUGGAGAGCAAUCCGUUUGAAGUCAAAUCGUCGCACAGACCGAAUGCAUUCGACGUGGACAGUCUCAGCAAGCCUGAUUUUCCAGCAAAGCGAAAACCCGACGAUUUGGAAGCGAGCCCAUCAAAGCGACAGGAAACUUCAAAGCCAGCGGCAGCGUCUCUACCAGAGCCACUUCCAAGACAAGAUGCGGAAGAUGCGGAAGAUGACGAGAGCGACGAGAGCGACGAGAGCGUGCAUCUAAACAUGGAGCUGGAUGAGGAUGAGGAUGAGGAUGAGGGUGAGGAUGAGGAUGAUGAGAAAGGACACCGGUCAUGA